CUAUGUCUCGUAGCUGAAGCGACUGGUACUGAACAGCCACUCGGUGAUGUUUGGAUUUUCUUUGAGAAUCAUGUCAACGUCGAGGUCGACGACUCCUGCUCCUCUGUCUGUGACAAAGAGUCUUUGCGUCUUAUGUGAGAAAUAUGCUAUGGUCGUUCAGCAGUGCGCCGUGUCUCUUCAUGGUGUCGUGACCCACUGUGAGGGGUACCUUUUGAAUCAUUGUUGA